UUUUUUUGCGGUUGUAGUGACCCGGAAAGAUUAAGCAGAGAGAGAGAGAGAGAGAGUACAGCUAGUUAGGCACAAGGAACAAGCUACGAGAUCUCAUCCAUCGUCUACAAACCCCAAAACACCAUCGUCCUCGUCCCCAUAGUCUUCCUCUUUGUCAGAGAACUGACAAGUAAACUGAUAAUUCGUUUGAAGCUUGACAAAUUAUGGCGCUAAAUCUUCGUCAAAAGCAAACCGAGUGCAUUACGCGGAUGUUAAAUCUGAACCAGCCGGUGAAUGCGGGUGGCACAGCGAAUGAGGAGGUAUACAAGAUCCUGAUUUACGAUCGCUUUUGCCAAGACAUUUUAUCCCCUUUGAUUCACGUCAAGGACCUCCGGAAACACGGCGUCACCCUCUACUUCCUCAUUGACAAGGAUCGCAAACCGGUCCACGAUGUUCCAGCUGUCUAUUUCGUCCAACCCACCCAUCCUAAUAUACAGCGUAUAGUUGCCGAUGCCUCCAAGUCUCUUUACGAUUCUUUCCAUCUGAACUUCUCCUCUUCUAUACCCAGGCCCUUGCUCGAAGAUCUCGCUUCAGGAACGAUUAAUUCUGAAUCGAUUGAAAGGAUCUCAAAAGUGCAUGAUCAGUAUUUGGAGUUUGUCACGCUUGAGGAUAAUUUGUUCUCACUUGCCUACAAGAACUGUUAUCUUCAGCUGAAUGAUCCCUCUGCUGGGGAUAAAGAAAUUGAAGAGAUCAUUGAAAAGAUUGUCAGUGGCUUAUUUUGUGUGUUGGCUACUCUUUCUGUUGUCCCUAUCAUUAGGUGUCCCCGUGGUGGGCCUGCUGAGAUGGUGGCAUCCCUGUUGGAUCAGCGAUUGCGAGACCAUCUGUUGGCUAAAAACAAUUUAUUUUCUGAGGGUGGGAAUUUCACUAGCUCAUUUCAGAGGCCAAUUUUGUGUUUAUUCGAUAGAAACUUUGAGUUGUCGGUAGCUAUACAACAUGAUUUUAGGUAUAGACCACUUGUUCAUGAUGUGCUUGGUUUGAGAUUGAACAGGUUGAGUGUGCAGGGAGAGAAAGGUGGGAUGAAAUCAUAUGAGUUGGACAGAUCUGAUCCAUUCUGGACGGCAAAUUGGUCAUUGGAGUUUCCAGAGGUUGCUGUGGAGAUAGAGUCUCAGUUGAACAAGUACAAGAAGGAUGUUGAGGAGGUAAAUAAAAGAACUGGUGGGAACGCAGGGGCUGAGUUUGAUGGGACAGACUUGAUUGGAAAUACUAAGCAUUUGAUGAAUGCUGUAAAUUCCCUGCCUGAGUUGACAGAGAGAAAGCAAGUCAUUGAUAAGCACACAAAUAUUGCUACUGUAUUGUUAGGCGAGAUCAAGGAGAGGUCCCUUGAUUCAUAUGCCAAAAACGAGAGUGAUAUGAUGGUAAGAGGUGCCAUUGAUCGCAGUGAGCUCAUUGGAGCUCUCAGGGGAAAAGGGACUAAGGUGGAUAAGCUGCGGUUUGCUAUCAUGUAUCUUAUCUCGACUGAAACCUUACCUCAAUCAGAAGUUGAAAUGAUUGAAACAGCACUUAGGGAGUCUGAGGUCGAUACCACUGCAUUUCAGUAUGUAAAGAAGAUAAAAUCAUUGAAUGUCUCUUUAGCAUCAGCAAAUUCUGCAAGUAGGAGCAACAUCGUCGAUUGGGCUGAAAAACUAUAUGGGCAGUCAAUCAGUGCUGUAACUGCAGGUGUGAAAAACCUAUUAUCCAGUGAUCAUCAAUUGGCUUUGUCAAGAACAGUAGAAGCACUAAUGGAGGGGAAACCCAACCCCGAGAUUGAUUCUUAUCUUGUUUUUGAUCCUCGUGCACCUAAAUCAAGCUCCGGGAUGAGUAGCAGUCAUCUGAAAGGACCAUUUAAAGAAGCUAUUGUCUUCAUGAUAGGUGGUGGUAACUAUGUGGAGUAUGGAAGCUUACAAGAGCUUGCCAGUCGUCAGCAGCCAGUUAAGCAUGUCAUAUAUGGGACGACAGAAAUUCUUUCAGGAGGUGAGUUCAUUGAGCAGCUUGCACUACUAGGGAAGAAGAUGGGAUUGGGAACUAGUGGUGCAGCACCAGCCCAUUAAUGCAGAUUAGUUUUGUGUACAAUCCCCAAAAGAAACCUUUUGUUGUUCAAUAUCGACUGUGUGCACUUUAUCAGGGUUUUGUUGAGUAAUUGGAGAAGGAUUUAUUGACCAUAUUCUUCAUAGUGCUCCUAGAUUGUGACAUUUGACGAUGAUGCAUAGUAAUCUUUAAAGUAUGAGGAAUUCAUAUAUUUUGUUUAUAACAGCUGUUCUGUAGUUGAUAUACCUGGAACUGUUUGCGUACCAUCGCACAGUAAACACUCAAAGUUGGUUUCUGUGGAUUCUUAUAUUCUUUAUUUCCUAUAGUGUGUGGUAGUUUAAGUUGCU